AUCCACCAGUCUGCUCUGCCCCCAUCCUCAUACCUCUCAGAGGUGCUGAGUGUGUGCUACUGUAACCGAGAAACGAGACGCUGCAAGAUGGCGAUCCCGCGGCUCAUCGCUUGUUUCGUCCUGUACACCAGCUUAGGUCACAUCCCAUCAUCACUCGGGGUAAUCCUCCGAACCACGGACAAGAUUGUGUGGGCAAAUGAGUUUGAGCCCAUCGAACUGACCUGUUUAAUAGAGUCCAUCUCAACAAACAACCCAAGGAUUGAAUGGAAAAAGAUUAAGAACGGUGUUCCCAGUUAUGUGUACUUUCAAAACAAGAUAGCAGGGGAUUUGGAGCACAGAGCUCAGCUCAGAGAGCCAGCCAACAUCCUGAUCUUCAACACCACCCGGUCAGACACUGCAGAGUACCGCUGCGAGGUGGCCGCCAUCGAUGAUCAAAGGGACUUUGAUGAGAUACUUAUUAGUCUCGCAGUAAGAGUGAAACCUGUGGUACCACGAUGCAGCGUCCCAGAGGCCGUCACGGUUGGAACAUCAACUGAGCUGCGGUGUCUGGAGAACGAGGGCUUCCCUGCGCCUCAGUACCGCUGGUUCCAUAACAAUGAGGAGCUUCCUCAGGACCCCAAAAACAGCCCCAAGUUGGUCAACUCUUCCUACAGCAUCAACCCUGACACUGGAGGCCUGAAAUUCCGAAGAGUCAGGAAGGAGGACGCAGGGGAGUACUACUGCCAGGCGAAGAAUGAUGCGGGACACGCACAGUGUCCUUCACAAAUGAUGGAAGUCUAUGAUGUCGACAUCCUCGGGAUUUUCCUGAAGUCAUUUGGUGCAGUGACUGUGUUCUUCUGUUUGGCUGUGACCAUUUGUCAUUCCUUUAAACGGGGAUGCUUCUACAAAAAAGGGCACAAUGAAAACAACUACAACUGGCCAGCACAGAACGAUGGUGUUGAAUAUGGGGAUGCAGAUGAGGGGCAUUUUCGCCACAAGUCUUCCUUUAUCAUCUGACAGCUGAGACGAAGGACAAGAUGGAACCAAGACAAAAGCAAAAACUGUCGAGGUUAACUUGCUACAAUGAUGCUCCGGAUGGUAAAGUUUGAGGUGUGAAAUGGCACAUUAUUCUCUGAUGCACAUCAAAAUCAAAUCAACCAACUUGCCAAAGUACUUUUAGUAUCAUUUUUUGUGGCACUAUUUCAUG